AUGACUUACACGUAUCGAAGCAGGCACUCAAGCCAGCUCGUUUCCAAACCAUGGCCAAUUCUUCCCCAACAAAACGCAAUUGACAUCGAAACUACUGAGCCAUGCGUCUGUGUCAUUGGCGUAGGCUUUGUAGGUGAAGCGCUGCUUCGCGAAUUUGGGAAGGUCUACAACUCCAUCGGAUUCGACAUCUCCCAAAAGCGCAUCAACGACUUAGAGAAGUCCUUCCAAUGUCUUCCCAGAGUGUCCCUCACCGCCGAUAAAUCGAAAUUGAAUCAAGCAACGCAUUAUCUGAUCUCCGUACCAACACCACUCAAGAAGGAUCGCUCAGUCAGCCUGAUACACCUUCUAUCCGCUAUCUCCACGACUCUGAACUGCGCUCGCCCUGGAUCAGUAAUAGUUCUUGAAUCAUCCGUAUGUGUGGGAACUACUCGUCAAUUCUUCAACACGUACAAAGAGAUCUACCAUUGCGGAAUGUCGCCAGAGCGCGUGGACCCAGGUCGAACCGAACCUGCACCGAAUAAGAUCCCCAAGCUUGUCUCAGGACUCACGUCUAAAGCAUUGACGCUCAUUUCAAGCCUCUACGCCAAAGUGUUUGAUCACAUCGUCCCUGUUUCAUCGCCUGAAACAGCAGAGAUGACCAAGCUCUUCGAGAACUGUCAGCGCAUGGUCAAUAUCGCUUACGUCAACGAAAUGGCAGAUGCCGCUCGCUCGCAUGGUAUCGAUGCGGACGAGAUGAUUCGCGCUGCCAGCUCAAAACCGUACGGCUUCACGCCCUACUUUCCUGGACUCGGUGUUGGCGGCACCUGCAUUUCCGUCAACCCGUUCUACCUCUUCGCAAAUAACAAGAGCCUUCCUGUCCUAGAGAAGGCAACUGAACAGAUGCGGAAACGACCAAGCACAAAGGCACGCAAGUUCCAUGCUCGCGUCAGCUCUUUAUUGGUAGGCAAGUCUCCACGGAUUCUCGUUGUCGGCAUCGGCUACAAGCCGGGACAGUCCUUAUUGUCAGGCUCACCGGGUCUCGCCUUCGCCGAGAGACUGCGGAGGAUUGGAUGCAGCCGCUUGGCUUUUCACGAUCCGCUGGUACAAAGCGAGGCCGUGGAAUGGAUGGAGAAACUUGAGGAUGCUUCAUGGCAUCCAUCUUACCUCAAGGACAACUUCGACGCCCUCGCGAUCUGCAUGAGACAAACAGGCAUUGACUUUAGGCUUGUGGACAGACUACAUACUAGCAAAGUGUUUGUGCAAGAGUUCAGAUAA